GCGCGGGUAUUAGUUGGUUGACACUGUUCUCAGCCACACAAUGGGUCAUAGAGGGAUGGCCGCCCUUCCGCCUCGUUGGUUGAAUUGCCCAAGAAUAGGAAACAUGGUGUUGGAUAUUUUCAUCCCAUUCAAAACUCCUCUAGACUCCAAAUUUGAUCAUUUUAUCCAGCCGGAACAAAUUUUUCACGUGGACGAUAUGUUCCGCUUGGCGGAACCGUAUAAGCUUGGGGUGAUUGUUGAUCUGACUAAGUCCAAGCGUUUCUAUCACCGUCGGGAAGUCGUAGAUAAUAACUGCAAAUACGUAAAGAUCGAGUGCAAGGGAAACGAAGAGACUCCUACUCCAGAACAAGUUGAUCUUUUCAUAAAGAUUGUUAAUCAAUUUAUUGACAGCGACUCCGGCGAACGCAAAAUUGGCGUUCAUUGUACGCAUGGUUACAACAGAACUGGAUUUCUCAUUGUCGCCUACUUAGUCGAAGAAUUGAAUUACGGGGUUGAUAUUGCUGUCCGAAUUUUUGCCGAAGCGCGUCCACCUGGUAUAUACAAAGCAGACUACUUAGAAGACCUAUUCGAGCGAUAUGGCUGUGCGGAUGACUGUCCUCCGGCUCCUGCUCUUCCUGAAUGGUAUUUUGAGGAUGAUUCACUUUCAAACGAAAAUGUGAAACGGACUCGUGCGUCAGACGAGGAUGCAGUGGACGGUCCUCUGGAUGCUAAGAUGGCUCGUAACGAUGACCUGUUGGACCGUUGUUCCGAUUCAACUACUGUUUUUCAUAGUCGUUCCUUUCCUCCCCCUCCAAAGGGGACCCCGAAGCUCAUAGAGGGACUAUCUCGCGUGAGUGUUUUGGAUCAAGACUGUCCAGACGCUCAUGAAGCUCGUGAGUUAGCAGACAGGCUUUUAAAAACUGGUGGUUGCCUACUGAUGGACGGUCAACUUGUUUAUGCGGAUGGUCACCAAACCGAGAGUGACUCAGAAAAUGCCGAAAAACCGAAGCCCGAUAGCCCAGAGAGCUCCCACAAACGCCGCGCUCACCCUUUGCGUUUCAAAGGCAGUCAACCUGUUUCCAUUUCGCUGCGAAAUAUAGAAGCUCUUGUAAAUUUUGACUACUGUGUCUCACACAAAGCGGAUGGCGUCCGUUAUCUGCUUCUAAUCACUGGGCCCGGCCAAGUCUACCUACUCGAUCGUGGCAACUUUGUAUACAAGGCCGAUGUAUUACAUUUUCCAACAGUCUCUUGGGUCAGCAACGCCGAAAAGUCAUCAAACACCUCUAAAACAUCAGAGUUCUUGUCCUGUCCAAACGGCCACCUAUUUCACACAUUGCUUGACGGUGAAAUGGUCAUCUGUUUCGACCCCUCCAAACCUCCCCCAAAUCCCCAUGAGACACCGACAGAUGGUAUUCCCCGGUUCCUCGUGUAUGAUAUGAUCACACUCAAUGGUCAUCCCAUUGGUCGAUGUCCCUUUUUCGAUCGAUAUCAGGCGAUUGAUAAACAAGUAAUAUGGCCCAGGAAUACUGCGGGACAUCUGGGGUUGGUCGAUUUUAGUGCUCAGUCUUUCUCCGUCAGGAGGAAGACGUUUCGUCCGCUCAAUCAAACUGAAGAACUACUAAAGCCUGAAUUCGCGCAGCGCAUUGACCACGUAACUGACGGUCUCAUCUUUCAACCCUGCGGACCAGAGGAUUACUAUGUUCUGGGUACCUGUCCGCAAACAUUAAAGUGGAAACCGCCCCAUCUGAACACCAUCGAUUUUCGCUGCAAGAUUGUUCAUGAAGCGAAACUCGGGGAAAUACCUGGCUAUGUUGGACACUUGUACCUUGGUGGGUUGAACGUGCCUUCUGCAAGACUGGCUCAUGUCGGACCAAAGGACAAGUAUUUGGAUGACAAGAUAGUAGAAUGCGCAGUGGUCCCCGGAGUGGGGUGGAAAGUGCUCAGGAUUCGGACUGACAAGACGGAACCGAAUCAUCACACUUCUGGCGUCGCUAUCAUCGAAAGCAUCCUGUGUCCAGUUACCGCGCAAAAUCUGCUCGCAUGCGUCCGCCAGCGUGGUUAUAAGCUUGCUAAAACUCAGUCGUCAACCUCGAGUGCUCCAGUUAAAUGAUUUUCCUCGUCUUUCAUGAAUCUUUCUUUACAAUUCAUUGUACAUAAUUA